AUGUCAUUCCUCGGCGGGGCAGAAUGCUCGACUGCGGGCAACCCACUGAGCCAGUUCACCAAGCACGUACAGGAUGACAAGUCGUUGCAAAGAGACCGCCUCGUAGGCAGAGGCCCCGGAGGCAUGGAGAGCAUGCGAAGUCAGAUGGGAGCCCCGCAAGAUGCUAUGAUGGAUGAUUUCAUGCAACAACCCGCACACCUUGGUCCUACCUUCCAAGACUCGCCAUUCGCCAUGGAUCAGAUGCGUCGUGAGCUCGACCAGGCUGCUUCCCCUGCACCAGCCCACUGGGCCGCCGAGUUCGAACCCCAGAUGUCUGACCAGCCUGGUCCUGCAUUCGCCCAUCAGAACAACGGAGCCUUCAACCCUCAGGAGUUUGCUCGUUUCCAACAGACAUCAGCCGCGAGGACCGCCAGCCCACUGAGCAAUGUCCAACAGACACCCAUGGCCCGAUAUCAGUCACCCAUGCAGUAUGGUGGCAUGUAUGGUAACGGUAUGGGUAUGCGGAUGGGUAUGGGCGGCAUGGGGAUGAUGAACGGCAUGCACACUCCACAAGAUCAGCAACAACAAUCCAAGGGCAAGGAACGCAUGAUCGAGCUCGACGACAAGGACUGGGAAGCUCAAUUCGCCGAGUUGGAUGCACCACAAGAACAGCAGGAUGUUCAACUAGAUGCAGAGGCAAAUGCUGCCAUCGAGGCAGAGCUCAACGCCAUGGACAGGUCAGUUGAUCAGAGUGAAACGCUGUUUGGCGACUUCGAGUCGGUAUGGCAGGGCAUCCAAGCUGAGACGACCCAAAACAGAGAAUUUGGUAUGAACGAUACUAUCGGCGACGCAACCGACCGCUUCGACCAGUGGGAUGGCUUCGACGGCCUCAACACACAUCGCGACCCUUCGCUGGGCGACUACAUGUUCGAGGAUGACAAUCCCUUCACCGAACUAGCCAACCCUUACGACGAGGGUGUCAAGAUCAUGCGUGAGGGCGGCAACCUCUCACUGGCCGCCUUAGCCUUCGAGGCUGCCGUGCAGAAAGAUCCUGACCACAUGGGUGCUUGGACAGCUCUCGGACAAGCUCAAGCACAAAACGAAAAGGAAUCGCCGGCCAUCCGCGCACUCGAGCACGCUCUCAAGCUUGACCCCAACAAUUUGGAAGCUCUGAUGGGAUUGGCUGUCUCGUACACGAACGAAGGCUACGACAGCACUGCCUACAGGACCCUUGAACGCUGGGUUGCUACAAAAUACCCCUCUCUUAUUAAAGCCCCUCUCUCCUCACAGGAUGAUGAGAUUGGUUUCACCGAUCGUCAUGCCCUACACGAAAAAGUGACAGACUUGUUCAUACAAGCGGCACAACUAUCUCCAGAUGGCGAACAAAUGGAUCCCGACGUGCAAGUCGGCUUGGGCGUCCUCUUCUACGGUGCAGAAGAAUACGACAAGGCUGUCGACUGCUUCGGUGCUGCCCUAGCCUCGACCGAAGAGGGCAGCACAAACCGACAAGAAGAGUUGCAUCUUCUCUGGAACCGUCUCGGCGCCACUUUGGCAAACUCUGGCAGGUCGGAAGAGGCUAUUGAUGCCUACUCGCGUGCGCUGGAGAUGCGACCAAACUUUGUCAGAGCACGCUACAAUCUAGGCGUGUCGUGUAUAAACAUUGGCUGUUACGAGGAAGCUGCACAGCAUCUCCUCGGUGCCUUGGCAAUGCACCGUAUCACAGAGAAAGAAGGCUUGGAGAAGGCAAGACAGGUGGUAGGCGACAGCAACAUGACGGAUGCCAAACUGGAGGCUAUGAUCACUCAAAAUCAAAGCACAAACCUGUAUGACACUCUGAGGAGGGUGUUCGCGCAGAUGGAACGCAGAGACCUGCAAGAGCUCGUCGGUCCUGGGAUGAACCUCGACGAGAUGAGGCAGCAUUUUGAGUUCUAG